AUGCAGAGGAGACUCAAUCCUAACAUGAAAGAGGUGGUUAGGAAAGAAGUGCUAAAGUUGCUGGAUGCGGGUAUUAUAUACCCCAUCUCUGAUUCAAAGUGGGAUGUCCCAUUUGAGUGGACAUCAUCUUGUCAAACCUCUUUUGAGAGGUUAAGAAAUGCUCUCAUCUCAGCCCCCAUUAUUCAACCACCAGAUUGGUCAUUGCCCUUUGAACUCAUGUGUGAUGCAAGUGAUUAUGCUAUAGGAGCAGUCCUAGGGCAAAGAAAAGAUAAAAAACCUUAUGUCAUCUACUAUGCCAAAUUCAACAUAGAAAUCAAAGAUAAAAAGGGAGUAGAAAAUGUGGUGGCAGACCAUUUGUCUAGACUUCCAUGCCAAGACCUUAAUCUAGACAAGGAACCAAUCAGGGACACCUUUCCAGAUGAACAACUCUUCCUUAUCAAUGAUACCUCAACCUCUGUUACACCAUGGUAUGCAGAUCUGGCCAACUAUCUAGCCACCAGUCUAAUUCCAAAUCAUUGGACCAAGCUAGAUAAACAAAAAUUCUUUAGGAAGGUUAGGACUUAUUUCUGGGAUGACCCUUACUUGUUUAAGUAUUGUGCUGACCAAAUAUUAAGAAGGUGCAUCCCCGAGCAUGAGCAACAGAGUGUUUUGAAUUUUUGUCAUACUCUUGCUUCUGUUGACUAUGUGUCCAAGUGGGUAGAAGCAAUCCCAACAAGAACAAACGAUCAUCAGGUUGUAAUGAAGUUUUUGAAAGAAAAUAUUUUUAGUAGGUUUGGAAUGCCUAGGGCCAUCAUAAGUGAUGGAGGUUCUCAUUUUUGCAACAAACCAGUGGCUGAAUUAAUGAGAAAAUAUGGAGUAGUCCACAAGGUUGCAACCCCAUAUCACCCUCAAACCAAU